CGAUAUGGAUCCGCCAGUUGCGACAGCACUGACAAGAUGGUGGAUAGGACAGGAGGAAAAUGAGGAACAAAACACAGCUAAUAUGUAUAGUUGACAGGGUGUAAAUGGCCUUUUUUGGAUUUUAAGUUAGCCAAAAUGAUUACAAGAUCGGAGCGUUUCAUAUAUAUUGAAUUUGGGUUUAUGUUUGCGAGACGCAGGACCUAAUAUGUUGUUUUCUGGCUGCGGGAUGAAGGACCCCUCGGAUACAGGACAUAACGACGUGACAGCCAGUAGUCCGAUAGAUAAUCAGUGAUAUUAGAUCGUGAAUGAACUUUACGGUAAAAAAAAAAUACAUUGAAACCGUUCACUAGUAGGGUCCAGCUAACGUUGUCAGCUAGUUAUUUGUUUUCCUGGUUGAUUUGUUGUCAUUGUGCAGCAAUUUGUUUUCCUGGUUGAUUUGUUGUCACUGUGCAGCUAUUUGUUUUCCUGGUUGAUUUGUUGUCAUUGUGCAGCUAUUUGUUUUCCUGGAUGAUUUGUUGUCAUUGUGCAGCUAUUUGUUUUCCUGGUUGAUUUGUCGUCACUGUGCAGCUAGUCAGGGGUAGAUACUAAGUAGCUUGCUAAUACCACAAGAUUUUCGUGGCCGAGUCGACAUGUUUUAACUUUGUACGGCGCUUGUUGGGGAAGGAUUCAUCGAUAAGGACGCAAGACGCAUUGAUAAGGACGCAUCGAUAAGGAAGCAAGAUGCAUCGAUAAGGACGCUCGACGCCAUCCCCCGCCGGACCGACCUGCUGCGUUGUGUAUUCUGGGGUUGUAACUAGUGACCAGCUAGUUAGCUGUUAUAGCUGGUCAGACUGUCGACAGGCGACAUGGCUCACUCUCCGGUUCAGAGUAGCCUGCCAGGGAUGCAGAACGUGAAGGCAGACCCAGAGGAGCUGUUCACUAAGUUGGAGAGGAUCGGUAAAGGCUCGUUUGGUGAGGUGUUUAAAGGAAUAGACAACAGGACUCAGAAGGUGGUGGCCAUUAAGAUCAUUGACCUGGAGGAGGCUGAGGAUGAGAUGGAGGAUAUUCAGCAGGAGAUCACUGUGUUGAGUCAGUGCGACAGCCCUUUCAUCACCAAGUACUAUGGAUCAUACCUGAAGGAGGCCAAGCUGUGGAUCAUUAUGGAGUAUCUAGGGGGAGGCUCGGCAUUAGAUCUGUUGGAGCCGGGGUUGCUGGAUGAGACUCAGAUCGCCACCAUCCUCAGAGAGAUUCUGAAGGGUCUGGAAUACCUCCACUCAGAAAAGAAGAUACACAGAGAUAUCAAAGCUGCCAACGUCCUGCUGUCGGAGCGUGGGGAGGUGAAGCUGGCAGACUUUGGGGUGGCGGGACAGCUAACAGACACCCAGCUCAAACGCAGCACCUUCGUUGGCACGCCCUUCUGGAUGGCUCCAGAGGUCAUCAAGCAGUCAGCCUACGACUGUAAGGCAGACAUCUGGUCUCUGGGUAUAACAUGUAUAGAGCUGGCUAAAGGAGAACCCCCACACUCUGAGCUACACCCGAUGAAAGUGCUGUUCCUUAUCCCAAAGAACACCCCUCCUACCCUGGAGGGGAACUACAGCAAGCCCCUCAAGGAGUUUGUGGAGGCCUGCCUAAACAAGGAGCCAAGCUUCAGGCCCACUGCCAAAGAGCUGUUGAAACACAAGCUGAUUGUGCGUCACGCCAAGAAGACGUCGUACCUGACAGAGCUGGUGGAUAGAUACAGGAGGUGGAAGGCUGAGCAGACCAGACAGCAGGCAGAGUCCAGCUCAGACGAGUCUGACUCGGAGCAGGAUGGGCAGGCGUCGGGCGGGAACAACUUUGGGAGUGAUGACUGGAUCUUCACCAUCAGAGAGAAGGAUCCUAAGAAACUGCAGAACGGGGGAGAGGGACAGGAAGUGAAGAGUGGAGACAUUUCAGGGAGGCUGUUUUCCACCAUCAUCUCUCCUUCUCUGGCUGAAUUGAAACAGCGUCAGGAGGCAGUGAAUGGGAACCCCAUGGCUCUAGAUGAACUGAGAGAAGCUAUUCUCCUAGCUGAGGAGGCCUACCCUGGGAUCUCUGACUCCCUGGUCACACAGCUGGUUAACAGACUGCAGAGAUUUUCUUCAGGCAGGAAGUCUUCGUGCUCUUCUCCCUAGUGAUUGGCUCUCUGCCCCAGCCCGCCUCUCCCAGGUCCCGCCCCCUGUCUGUGGUCCAGUCAGAGGUUAGAGGUCAGCCUGGAUAACACCAUAGGUGUCCGUCAAACAUUCCUGCUGGAGAACCCUGAACACACCUGACGCUUGGUGAUCAACUCCAAGGCCUCUUUUAGUAACUUGAUAAACCUGUGGAGAUCAGAGGGGGCAGUAGAGCCCAGUCACUCUGUUAACACUGUUGGAGAAUUAACCCACGAGCAAGGAGACACUGCUUCUCAGAGGAGGACCCAUCAGUAUGGACCCAGUCUGACUGGAACCAGAGGAGGAGCCAUCAGUAUGGACCCAGUCUGACUGGAACCAGAGGAGGAGCCAUCAGUAUGGACCCAGUCUGACUGGAACCAGAGGAGGAGCCAUCAGUAUGGACCCAGUCUGACUGGAACCAGAGGAGGAGCCAUCAGUAUGGACCCAGUCUGACUGGAACCAGAGGAGGAGCCAUCAGUAUGGACCCAGUCUGACUGGAACCAGAGGGAGACCCAUCAGUAUGGACCCAGUCUGACUGGAACCAGAGGAGGAGCCAUCAGUAUGGACCCAGAGAAGGACCCAUCAGUAUGGACCCAGUCUGUCUGGAACCAGAGGAGGAGCCAUCAGUAUGGACCCAGUCUGACUGGAACCAGAGGGUGACCCAUCAGUAUGGACCCAGAGAAGGACCCAUCAGUAUGGACCCAGUCUGUCUGGAACCAGAGGAGGAGCCAUCAGUAUGGACCCAGAGAAGGACCCAUCAGUAUGGGCCCAGUCUGUCUGGAACCAGAGGAGGACCCAUCAGUAUGGACCCAGUCUGUCUGGAACCAGAGGAGGAGCCAUCAGUAUGGACCCAGUCUGACUGGAACCAGAGGAGGAGCCAUCAGUAUGGACCCAGUCUAUCUGGAACCAGAGGGAAACCCAUCAGUAUGGACCCAGUCUGUCUGGAACCAGAGAAGGACCCAUCAGUAUGGACCCAGAGAAGGACCCAUCAGUAUGGACCCAGUCUGACGGAACCAGAGGAGGAGCCAUCAGUAUGGACCCAGUCUGUCUGGAACCAGAGGGAGACCUAUCAGUAUGGACCCAGUCUGACUGGAACCAGAGGAGGAGCCAUCAGUAUGGACCCAGUCUAUCUGGAACCAGAGGGAGACCCAUCAGUAUGGACCCAGUCUGUCUGGAACCAGAGGAGGAGCCAUCAGUAUGGACCCAGUCUGUCUGGAACCAGAGGGAGACCCAUCAGUAUGGACACAGUCUGUCUGGAACCAGAGGGAGACCCAUCAGUAUGGACCCAGUCUGUCUGGAACCAGAGGGAGACCCAUCAGUAUGGACCCAGUCUGACAGAACCAGAGGAGGAGCCAUCAGUAUGGACCCAGUCUGUCUGGAACCAGAGGGAGACCCAUCAGUAUGGACCCAGUCUGACGGAACUAGAGGGAGACCCAUCAGUAUGGAACCAGAGGGAGACCCAUCAGUAUGGACCCAGUCUGACGGAACCAGAGGGAGACCCAUCAGUAUGGAACCAGAGGGAGACCCAUCAGUAUGGAACCAGAGGGAGACCCAUCAGUAUGGACCCAGUCUGUCUGACUGACUGACUGGAACCAGAGUUAACUAACCUGUGUCUCUGCAGCACCAUGCCUGAAGGGGAGAGAAUCAAACGCAACUGACCCCCCCCCCCCCCCCCCCCUACCACCCCUAAAACCUGAGUACCACCCCCGACUCCCCCGCUCCUCUCUGUGAGCUCCUGACUCCCCCCUGCUCCUCUCUGUGGUCUCCAGACUCCCCCCUGCUCCUCUCUGUGGUCUCCUGACUCCCCCCUGCUCCUCUCUGUGGUCUCCUGACUCCCCCCUGCUCCUCUCUGUGGUCUCCUGACUCCUCCCUGCUCCUCUUUGUGGUCUCCAGACUCCUCCCUGCUCCUCUCUGUGGUCUCCUGACUCCUCCCUGCUCCUCUCUGUGGUCUCCAGACUCCCCCCUGCUCCUCUCUGUGGUCUCCAGACUCCCCCUGCUCCUCAGGGCUGUUGCAGCAGUCUUUGUGAACCUCAGGUGAAGUGCUUUAGAUGGAUGGCUCCUCCAAGCCACUGGGGGCACUGUGCUGUGUAGGAUUUAUUUGUAAACAAACCAAACUGUAUAUAUGUUCAGCUGUCACUGACGUUGCAGACAUCAGUCACUGUGUACAAACUGUCAUGAUGUGCUUUUGUAGAUAAUGUUGAAGGUAAAUAUUUAAGACUCUAAUGG